AUGAAGGCCAGAAUCAUCCGUAAAUGGAAUCAAGGUUUUAAGAUAGAACUGAUCCUGAUAGAUGAGAGGGGUGGAAAGAUUCAGGCGUGUCUUAAGAUCAAUCUGAUCCCUGUUUUUGACCACCAACUUCAAGAGUAUGCUGUCGUUAUUCUCAACAAAUUUGGUGUGGGUGAAAAUAAUGACCCGUUCAAAGUUGUAACUUAUGAUUACAAAAUCAACUUUUAUCGUUGUACGACUGUUACCCGUGUUGAUUCUUGGGAAUGUCUUGAAUACGGCAUCAACUUCAUUGCUUUUAAGGAUAUUCUUAACGGAGCUGCAAAUGACCUUCUGAUAGUUGGUGUGUAUAUUUUGUGUUUAUGGCUGCCUAAAUAUGUUGCUGGUACCCUGGUCGACUGUGGAGAUUUGGACAUUUAUGGACACCCUCCUAAACAAUCUAAAAGGAUGAACUUUGAUCUUCAGGACUUGGAGGGUACGGUUUUGUCAUGUACUAUGUGGAAUGCUUAUGCUGAACAGUUUAGCAACUUACUUUCUAAUAACAACGUUGUUAAUGAGCAUCUCUUGGUUGUUAUUCAGCAUACAAAGGUUAAAGAAGGGAAAGGGAAUUUGACAGUUCAAAGUGACAAGUUUGGAACUCGCCUGUUUUUGAACGACGACAUCGAUGAAACUAAUCAGCUACAGAGGAGGUAUUUUCCCGAAGCAUUACUGUAUUGCUCGAAGUAUUAUCUGAUUCUUGAAGAAUGGAUUCUGAUUUUUAUAACGCUUUUGCUACUCCGACCUCGAUUACCCAAAGUGCUUUGA